GUACUUGCGUCCCCCAAACAUGGCCACUGUGCUACACAUGGACAACGGUCUACUCUCUCUCUCUCUCUAGAUUCCUCAUUUUCGCAAACAUUCCCCUCUCUUCCUCCCUCCUCUGCGAUCCCAACCUACCCAUAUUUAGACACCACAAGAGAAGAAGAAAGAAAGAAUUGAAGCUGUGUCUAGCUAGGUUAGCUUAGCUUAGGUUGUUUGCGGAGAUCAAUCGAUGGCGGACGGCGGCGGCGGCGGCCUGUGCGAGCUCUUCUCCGACGACCACCGCGACAUCCGCCACGUCGCGGACGCCGACCUGUUCCGCAUCCUCGAGACGUGGGAGGAGUGCAUCAAUGGCGGCGCCGGCGGCGGAGGCGGUGGGGUUUCUUUAGCUGGUGUGGCUGAUCAGGGAGCCGCUGCGGCCAGCACCGGCGCCGGCGGUGGUGCAAGGACGACGACGACGACGACCGCCGCGAACGGUCGGCGGCGGGAGGGCCGCGACGAGGAGAAAGGCGGCGGCGGUGGCGGUGGUCCUCCGGCACAGAAGAAGCAAAAGGGGUCGUCGUCGUCGUCGUCGUCUCCGGCGGCGUUGGCGGCGGCGGUGGGGGACGGCGAUGGUGCGGCGAAGAUGUCGCACAUCACGGUGGAGCGCAACCGGAGGAAGCAGAUGAACGAGCACCUCGCCGUCCUGCGCUCGCUCAUGCCAUGCUUCUACGUCAAGAGGGGAGAUCAGGCGUCAAUCAUAGGAGGGGUGGUGGAUUACAUCAAGGAGCUUCAGCAAGUGCUUCGCUCGCUGGAGGCCAAGAAGAAUCGGAAGGCCUAUGCCGACCAGGUGCUCAGCCCGCGGCCGUCGCCGGCGGCGGCGGCGCUCAUGGUCAAGCCCACGCCGCCGAUCAGCCCGCGGUUCGCCGCCGCCGCCGCCGCCGGGGUGCCGAUCAGCCCACGGACGCCCACCCCGGGCAGCCCGUACAACAAGCAUGCCGCCGCCGCCGCCACCGCUCGCCCGCCGCACCCGGCGGCCGCGACGUCGUCGUGCUCGGUGGCGUACAGCAUGUCGCCGGCCAUGACGCCCACGUCGUCCUCGUCGACGACGACGACGACGACGCACGAGCUCUCGCCGGCGCCGGCGUUCCUGCCCAUCCUCGACAGCCUCGUCACCGAGCUCGCCGCCCGCGGCGGCGCCAGCUGCAGGCCGCUGGUCAUCCCCUCCUCCGCCGCCGCCAUCGCCGGCAUCGUCGGCGUCCCCGACGUGAGGGUGGAGUUCGCCGGGCCGAACCUGGUGCUGAAGACGGUGUCGCACCGCGCGCCGGGUCAGGCGCUCAAGAUCAUCGCCGCUCUGGAGAGCCUCUCGCUCGAGAUCCUGCACGUCAGCAUCUGCACCGUCGACGACGCCACCGUCCUCUCCUUCACCAUCAAGAUUGGGAUCGAGUGCGAGCUGAGUGCAGAGGAGCUGGUGCAAGAAAUUCAGCAAACUUUCUUGUGACGUGUAACAUACAGUGUCAGUGCAGUGACUGGCUAGCUAGCUAAGCUAGCUGGAGUACGUAGCCGCGUGCAUAACUAUACGUGCAUGUACACGCGUGCGUAACGUACGUGCUAGCUUAGCUAGCUAGUAGCUAAUUGCGUUUGGCUUAAUUAGUUUGCACUUUAAUUUCAUGGGCCAAUCUAGCUAGCUAUCUCUAUCCAGCGAUCGAUUGAGAGAGUACGUACUGUGUGUGAGAGAGAGAGAGAGAGAGAGAGAGAAGGGCUAGCUAGUAGAUUAGAUAGCUUGGAGUUGCAGAGUUGCAGCAAUGCAUUGGAGCUAUAUAUAUGCAAUGCAAGCUGCAUCCAUGCAUGCUGAUCGAGAGGUUAACGACCUACCUACUAGCUAGAGAUCGAGAGAUAGCUAUCUACUAGCGGGACCAUGCAUAUGCAUGGAUGAUCUGUUUCUGUCUCUGUAGCUAGACACGAACGAUUUGUUAUAUAUAUAUCUUG